GUUUCGGAAAUUGUGCGCGCUUUAACAAUAAAGUGUAGACGGCAGAGAGUUAAACUUUGUAAGUUGGCACUAGUUUGUCAAUGGUUUGAUUUGAAAAGUAGUUGUUUUGAAUUAAUAAUUCGUGUUGUGGAAUGCCUAAAAGACUAUUAACUAACGAUUUGUGUCCAUAAUAUUUGAAUUAGAUUAGUUUUGAAAAUGCCGGAACGUUUCCGCGUUUCAAAAUCGGAAGAGCCAAAUAAUAUUUUUGGAAAAUAUAGUGAUAGUCGUACUAUAUUAGAGGACGAAGACCGAGCGAGGGAGAAACUGCUGCCAUCGCACAAUGCCGGCCACAGAAAGACACACGUUCAAGGAGAUGGCGCCGAAGAGCAGCCAUUCGUGUCGGAGAAGAUGUCCGGGUACGAGACGAACUUGUACCUCUACUCCGAGGAGAUGGAGGACAGACCUAGGAUAUCUACUCUCAUUAGCUCGUUGGCGAAUUACUCGAACACCAUUCCUCCGGCAUCUAAUGACCCCGAUGCGCGGCCGGCCGGCGGGGGCGCUCGCAUGGGUACCCUCAUGGGUGUCUAUCUCCCCUGCAUCCAGAAUAUUUUCGGUGUGAUCCUCUUCAUUCGAUUGACUUGGGUGGUGGGCACGGCGGGGGCGUUGCAAGGCUUCCUCAUCGUGUUGAGCUGCUGUUGCGUUACCAUGUUGACGGCCAUCUCCAUGUCGGCUAUCGCCACCAACGGAGUGGUGCCGGGGGGCGGGAGCUACUUCAUGAUAUCCCGCUCCCUCGGCCCGGAGUUUGGCGGCGCCGUCGGCAUGCUGUUUUACACGGGGACGACGUUAGCGGCCGCCAUGUAUAUCGUUGGUGCGGUGGAAAUCGUGCUGACCUACAUGGCUCCUGGGUUAUCGAUUUUUGGGGAUUUUACGAAAGAUCAGGACGCAAUGUACAACAAUUUCCGGGUAUAUGGAACUGGUUUACUCGUGGUGAUGGGAACUAUUGUGUUCGUCGGUGUCAAGUUUGUCAACAAAUUUGCCGCAGUUGCUCUUGCAUGCGUCAUCCUCUCCAUAAUGGCUGUGUACAUUGGAAUAUUUCGCAAUAUCAACGGCAAAGAUGAUUUGCAACUGUGUGUCCUCGGUAAAAGAUUAUUACGAGUAGCCAUUACCGAUUGUCAUAAAAAUAUUUCCGGCGCCAUAUACCAAAUGUUUUGUCCAAAUGGAACUCACUCCUGCGAUCCGUACUACGAAAGUCACGAUGUAUCGAUAAUACAAGGAAUCAAAGGAUUAUCGUCGGGUGUUCUUUUGGACAAUAUUUACGAUAGUUUUCUGGAAAACGGACAGUAUGUUGCUGUUGGAAAGAAUCCCGAAGAUAUUGAACCGAUGAUCGCAGAGGGUGGACAAAACGGCCAAGUAGUGGCAGAUAUCACAACGUCGUUUACAAUUUUAAUCGGAAUUUUUUUCCCAUCGGUAACUGGCAUUAUGGCCGGAUCAAAUCGUUCUGGUGACUUGGCCGAUGCCCAAAAAUCUAUUCCAAUCGGAACAAUUUGUGCCAUUUUGACCACGUCGACUGUAUAUUUAUCAUCUGUGAUUCUCUUUGCUGGUACCGUUGACAACCUUCUACUUAGAGACAAAUUUGGUGUAUCUAUAGGUGGUAAAUUAGUUGUAGCCAAUAUGGCGUGGCCAAACGAAUGGGUAAUAUUAAUAGGAUCGUUUCUUUCUACCCUCGGUGCUGGCCUUCAAUCUUUGACUGGAGCACCUCGUUUACUUCAAGCUAUCGCUAAGGAUGGUAUAAUCCCGUUUUUAGCACCGUUUGCUGUUUCGUCUAGUCGCGGCGAACCAACUAGAGCACUACUUUUAACUAUCGUAAUUUGUCAAGGUGGUAUAUUAUUAGGAAACGUUGAUCUCUUGGCGCCUUUACUCUCGAUGUUUUUCUUAAUGUGCUACGGUUUCGUAAAUCUCGCUUGUGCCCUACAGACUUUACUGCGAACACCCAAUUGGCGACCGAGAUUCAAGUACUACCACUGGUCGCUAUCAUUCAUCGGCUUAUCUUUGUGUAUAGCAAUAAUGUUCAUGACGUCUUGGUAUUUCGCGCUGCUCGCCAUGGGAAUGGCGGGAAUGAUCUAUAAAUACAUCGAAUACAGAGGUGCCGAGAAAGAAUGGGGUGACGGUAUUCGAGGUCUAGCGUUGUCAGCGGCGCGAUACUCAUUACUGAGAUUAGAAGAAGGUCCUCCCCACACCAAGAAUUGGAGGCCUCAGCUCCUCAUUCUCGUUAAACUGACAUCCGAUCUGGUUCCCAAAUACAAGAAAUUGUUCGCUUUUGCGUCACAGCUCAAAGCCGGCAAAGGGUUGACCGUAUGCGCGGCUGUUAUUGGCGGAGACUUUACUCGGUCCUACGGAGAAGCAAUGGCAGCUAAACAAAGUUUGAGAAAAACCAUGGACGAGGAACGGGUCAAGGGUUUCGUCGAUAUUCUAGUGGCACGCAACAUUACCGAAGGAUUAUCCAAUCUGGUGCAAACUGCAGGUCUCGGCGGUAUGAAACCUAAUACGGUCAUCUUAGGGUGGCCGUAUGGUUGGCGGCAAUCGGAAGAUGAUCGGACGUGGCAAGUAUUUUUGCAAACCGUUCGAAACGUAACUUCCGCUCGGAUGGCGUUAUUAGUUCCUAAAGGCAUUAACUUCUUCCCGGACUCCACGGAUAAAGUCUUCGGCAAUAUCGAUAUUUGGUGGAUAGUGCAUGACGGCGGUCUCCUUAUGCUUUUGCCGUUCCUUCUCAAACAGCACCGCACGUGGAAAAAUUGCAAAAUGCGAAUCUUUACUGUUGCUCAAAUGGAAGACAAUUCAAUCCAAAUGAAGAAAGACUUAAAAACGUUCUUAUAUCAUCUUCGAAUAGAAGCGGAAGUCGAAGUUGUCGAAAUGAUGGAUAGCGACAUUUCGGCGUAUACGUACGAAAGGACACUGAUGAUGGAACAGCGCAACCAAAUGUUGAGGGAAUUGCGCCUCAACAAAAAAGAAAGUCUGGGUGUGGUGGAUUUGGUGGAUUUCAAUGAAAUGUCAACCGAAGAGAAGCUGCCUCUGGUAAAGCAUCACCAUGUUUUGCUAGAUUGGCUCAUGGUACAAUCAAUCGUAGAUCAACACCAUCCGAACAUCGACGCUAAAACCGCCACGAAAGUUAGGUUCCAGGAACCCGGUGCCGACGGUGAUAAGGAUAACAAGGUUACGGAAAAUGAACCGACGAACGAGCCUAAUUCGCAAACCAAAACGGAGGAUAAUGAGAAUUCGACGACGGAGAAAGAGGACCUCUCGGAAAAGGAAUGCCACGAAGAAACGAAGGAAAAUUCAAUUUCCGAAGAAAAGAAGAAGCCUGUCACGAUAACCCCUGACGAAGGCAACGUGCGUCGAAUGCACACUGCUGUGAAAUUAAACGAAGUGAUAGUAAAUCGUUCCCAUGAAGCUCAACUAGUGAUUCUGAAUUUACCCGGCCCUCCAAAAGACACCAAGAUGGAACGAGAGUCUAAUUAUAUGGAAUUUUUAGAAGUACUGACUGAAGGCUUAGAACGCGUGCUCAUGGUCCGCGGCGGUGGCCAAGAAGUUAUCACAAUUUAUUCGUAAUUUGUUGUAUGGAUUAAGUAUAUUUCGAAGUAGGAAUGUCGGUUUUGAUAACCGACAGUCAAGCAUUUAAUCAAAGGACUUUUGCUAUGGAAAUGGCGAUAGCCGAACAGUAUUUUAAUUAUAAAAUGUUACCACGUCUGGAUAGUGAUUAUGCCAAAGAGAUACUUAUUUAUUCUUCUCAAUGUUAUAGAUUGUAUGAGCGGCGAAGUUGGAGAACGUACAGGUAGAAUGAUGGUAAUCGUUUUUCUGUACCGUCUCCUACUGGAACCGACGUGAUUCUCUAUCCUAUGUAAUACUGUAUCAAAUCAAAAUGAUGUUCCGCGAAGUGCUCACUUUUCAUAAGAACGGCUGGGCCAAGCCAAAUGCCACUUGAGUGCAUGCAGUGUUAUGAUAGGGUGUAGCGUAAGACUUAGUAGAAUAGCCUAAUACUGCUAACACUAACGAGUGUAUUCAUGUAGUUAUGUUAUAUAUCAUAUUACAUUUAAUGUCCAGCGACUCUUUGUUUUACACUCAACUAAUAUCGGUACUUAGAGUGUCAUUUUUUAUUCAAUAAACAUAAACUGGUGUGUACUUAAGUACGCUAUCAUCUCAAUCUCAUUAGGUGGUAAAGUACGAGUAUAUGGUAUAUACUUAUAAGAACAUUACUGAGCAAUAUUAACUAAUAAUUACUGUAUUAAAUGUCAAAUUAAUUAUGAAGUGAUAGGAUAUUCACAUGUACAAUCUAUACCGACCGCCGGAGGGCGGGCUCUCCGUGCUGUGACAGGUGACAGUGCUCACUCACGAUCAGUUCUCUUGCAUGCUGCGACCGACUCUGUCUCGUGCGGCCUGCCGUAGAGAUAAUAGUGCACUAGUGAUCUCAACUAGCCUUAAAGGUACCUUGAAAUUAAAUUCUAUUUAUUUAUAUCUAUGUGUCACUAAAUUAGCUGCUGCCAGAUUACGCCAUUGUACAUCAACCACUUAUGACUGUUGGUGCCCUCGUCCAAGUGGCGUUCAAUAUACUUUCCGUUGUCCAAAACAAGUCGUUAUCACUUUUCUACGUUCCUUUAUUAUCGUUUCACCCUGGUAUCUCUCCCAUAUUGUAAAUGGCGCAAUCUGUUUAUCUUAUUAUUGACAAUGUGUUCAUUGGAUAAAAAUAUUAAAUAAAAUUACAUAGUAUA